ACUGUCACAGGAUCUAAUGCAGCUUAUUUCAGCACAUGAGGAUCUAUUUAUCAGCCGGAGAGGAUGAGCGGAGAUUAUUACCCCUACUCCAAGUACACUCGGGUCUGGAUCCCGGACACGGAGGAUGUUUGGAAGGCUGCAGAGAUCGUCAAAGACUACAAAGAAGGAGACCCGGUCCUUCGGCUGAAACUCGAGGAUGAAACGCCUCUGGAGUACCCCGUGGGACCGAAGAGUAACCCUCUUCCUUUCCUGCGUAACCCUGACAUCCUGGUGGGGGAGAAUGACCUCACGGCGCUCAGCUACCUGCACGAACCCGCCGUGCUGCACAACCUGCGAGUGCGAUUCCUUGAGUCCAACGCCAUCUACACAUACUGUGGGAUCGUGCUGGUGGCGAUCAACCCGUACGAGCAGCUGCAGAUUUAUGGUGAGGAGGUGAUCAAUGCGUACAGCGGGCAGAACAUGGGCGACAUGGACCCUCACAUAUUUGCUGUGGCCGAAGAGGCCUACAAGCAGAUGGCCAGAGAUGAGAAGAAUCAGUCGAUCAUCGUGAGCGGAGAAUCCGGAGCAGGGAAGACGGUUUCUGCAAAGUACGCCAUGCGGUUCUUUGCCACGGUGGGCGGCUCAGCCAGCGACACCAACGUGGAGGACAAAGUUCUGGCGUCCAGUCCCAUUAUGGAGGCGAUUGGAAAUGCAAAAACCACUCGCAAUGACAACAGCAGCCGCUUUGGAAAGUACAUCCAGAUCGGUUUUAACAGACAUUACCACAUCAUCGGUGCCAACAUGCGCACCUACCUGCUGGAAAAGUCCCGCGUCGUGUUUCAGGCUGAGGACGAGAGGAAUUAUCACAUCUUCUACCAGCUCUGCGCCUCUGCCAGCUUACCGGAGUUCAAAGACCUCGCCCUCACCAGUGCAGAGGAUUUCACGUACACGUCUCUAGGCGAAAACAUUUUCAUCGAGGGCGUGAAUGACGCCGAAGAUUUUAAGAAGACCAGAGAGGCCUUCACGUUGCUGGGUAUAAAGGAGAGCAGUCAGAACAGCAUCUUUAAAGUCAUUGCGUCCAUCCUUCAUCUUGGGAACGUCGAGAUCUGCUCGGACCGAGACGGGGAGUCCUGCCACAUUGCGAGGAAGGACGUCCACCUGCAGCACUUCUGCAACCUGCUGGGUGUGGAGCUGCAGCAGAUGGAGCACUGGCUCUGCCACAGGAAGCUUGCCACCACCUCCGAGACGUACGUGAAGACCAUGUCCACCAAGCAGGCGACCAACGCCCGCGACGCCCUCGCCAAGCACAUCUACGCCCGCAUGUUCGACUGGAUCGUAGAGCACAUUAACCUUUCUCUGCAGACGUCCACCAAGCAGCACUCCUUCAUCGGAGUCCUUGACAUCUAUGGGUUUGAGACGUUUGAGGUGAACAGCUUUGAGCAGUUCUGCAUCAACUAUGCCAACGAGAAACUCCAGCAGCAGUUCAACUCUCAUGUGUUCAAGCUGGAGCAGGAGGAGUACAUGAAGGAGCAGAUCCCCUGGACUCUGAUCGAUUUUGCUGAUAACCAGCCGUGUAUCGACCUGAUCGAGGCUCGGCUCGGCAUCCUGGACCUGCUGGACGAGGAGUGUAAAGUGCCAAAGGGGACGGAUCAGAACUGGGCCCAGAAGCUCUACAAUAAGCACUCCAGCAGCGCUCACUUCCAGAAACCUCGCAUGUCCAACAUCUCCUUCAUUAUCAUACACUUCGCUGAUAAGGUGGAGUAUCAGUGUGAUGGCUUCCUGGAAAAGAACAGAGACACCGUCUACGAGGAGCAGAUCAACAUCCUGAAGGCCAGCCAGUUUCAGCUCGUCGCCGACCUGUUUAGUGACAAAGACGACGUGACACCUGCAAAGUCUGCCAGAGUGAAUGUCCGAGCGCUGAAGACGGUUCCCAAAGCUCCGAACAAAGAGCACAGGAAGACGGUGGGGCAUCAGUUCCGGACGUCUCUGCAUCUGCUCAUGGACACCCUGAAUGCUACGACUCCUCACUACGUGCGCUGCAUCAAACCCAACGACUUCAAAGAGGCCUUCUCGUUUGACUCGCGGCGAGCGGUGCAGCAACUCAGAGCCUGUGGAGUCCUGGAGACGAUCCGGAUCAGCGCGGCCGGGUAUCCGUCCAGGUGGACGUACCCAGAUUUCUUCAACAGGUAUCGAGUCCUGAUGAAGAAAUCAGACAUGACGACAGCAGACAAGAAGCUGGUGUGUAAAAACCUGCUGGAGACGCUGAUCAAGGAGCCUGACAUGUUCCAGUUUGGAAAGACAAAGAUCUUCUUCCGAGCGGGUCAGGUUGCGUACUUGGAGAAGCUCCGGACUGACAGGUUCCGCUCGGCCUGCAUCAAGAUCCAGAAGACGGUUCGAGGCUGGUUGCAGAGGAUCCGAUACCGCAAGAUCCGCAAGAUGGCCGUCACUCUGCAGAGAUACGGCCGAGGAUACAUGGCCCGCAGGUACGCUGACUUCCUGCGUCAGACACGAGCGGCCAUCAUCUGUCAGAAGCAGUGCCGCAUGGUGAGAGAGAGACGCGAGUUUCUGAGAGUGAGACGCGCAGUGGUCACCAUCCAGGCGUACGCCAAAGGGAUGUUCACCCGCAGGAUUUACCAAGAGUUCCUGCUGCAUCACAAGGCGAUGAUCAUCCAGAAGAAUGUACGCGGCUGGAUGCAGAGGAAGCAGUUUAGACGAGCACGCAACGCCGCCAUCACCAUCCAGUGCGCCUUCAGACGCAUGCACGCCAAACGGCAGCUGAAGCAGCUGAAGAUCGAAGCUCGCUCUGCCGAGCACCUGAAGAAGCUCAACACGGGCAUGGAGAACAAGAUCGUUCAGCUGCAGAGGAAAAUGGACGACCAGUCCAAAGAGCUCCGCACUCAGAACGAGCAGCUACAGACGGUAAACACCUCUCUGGGCUCAGAAGUGAACAAGCUGCAGAAGCAGCUGGAGCUGCUGCGCAGUGAGCAGGAGGACGGAGGCCAGGUGAGGUCGCUGGAGGAAGAGCUGGAGCACUUGAGGAAGGAGCUGGAGGAGGCGCAUGCCCUGAGGAACAAGAUGGAGGAGGAGCAUAUCAACGAGAAGAUGGACCUCACACAGAGGGUGGAUGAGCUGGAGAGAGAAAACUCCCUGCUGAAGAGCGAGAAGGAGGAAAUGAACCGACGCAUCCUGCAGCACUCAAAGAGCACAGAAGAGGAAGUGAGCAGUGUGUCUCUGCAGUCGGAGCUGGAUAAGGAGAGGGAGCGCUACCAGAACCUCCUCAAAGAGUUCUCCAGGCUGGAGCAGAGAUAUGACAACCUGAAGGAGGAGAUGUCGCUCAACAAGUUCCAGCCUGGCCACACGAGGAAUCCGUCCAAUCAGAGCAGCCUGGAGUCGGACUCUAAUUACCCGUCUGUCUCCACCUCAGAGAUUGGAGACACCGAGGACUCCAUUCAGCUGGUGGACGAGAUGGGGAUAGACAAGGCCGCUAUGGAUAUUAGUCUAUUCAUGAAGCUGCAGAAGAGAGUCCGAGAGCUGGAGCAGGAGAGGAAGAAACUGCAGCUCACAGUGGAGAAGAUGGAGGAGCUGGCCAAGCGAAAGGGCUCUCAGUCAAGGCCCUCCACUUCUGAGCAGGAGACGGCUGAUCUGGCCUACAAUAAUCUCAAGAGGCAAGAGCUGGAAUCAGAGAACAAGAAACUGAAGAACGACUUGAAUGAGCUGAGGAAGACGGUCGCUGAGCGAGCCUCACAGAACAGCUCAUCCAAUGAGCUACAGGACAGCUACAACCUGCUGCUGAGCCAGCUUAAAUCAGCCAAUGAGGAGUUGGAUGCUCGCAAGGAGGAAGUCCUCAUCCUCAGGACGCAGAUUGUGAGCGCGGCCCAGCUGCAGGAGAAGAACGAGAAUAUCCUGAGCCUGAACACAACGGAAACUGAUUCUACUCCUGUGGUGAACAACAGCAAAGAGCCUGUGGACAAAGAGGAGGCGCUCAAAGCUUACCAUGGACUGUGUGAGUCCAAAAAGCUGCUGGAGGCUCAGCUGCAGACUCAGUCCAGGCAGCACAAAGACGAGCUGGAGGCCCUUCACACUCAGAUCGAGCUGCUGAAGGGUGACAUCGAGGAUAAGCAGGAAAAGCUCAGCUACAUGAUGUCUCUGUCUCCAGAGGCUCAGGUGGAGUACAGCGUCCAGCAGGAGAUCACGCGGCUCACCAAUGACAACCUGGAUCUCAAAGAGCUGGUGGAGAAGCUGGAGAAGAACGAGAGGAAGCUGAAGAAGCAGCUCAAGAUCUACAUGAAGAAGGUCCAGGAGCUGGAAGCUGCUCAAGCAGCAGCUCAGAGCAGCAGGUCCAAACCUGAGCUGAUACGCCAGGUGACCGUCCAGAGGAAGGAGAAGGACUUUGAGGGGAUGCUGGAGUACAACAAGGAGAACGAGGCGCUGCUGGUCAAGACCCUGAUCAAUGACAUCCGCCCCAACAACGUGUCUGGUACAGUGCCCUGUCUGCCAGCUUACAUCCUCUUCAUGUGCAUCCGCCACGCUGACUACAUCAAUGAUGACCAGAAGGUGGAGUCUCUGCUUACCUCCACCAUCAACGCAAUCAAGAAGGUCCUCAAGAAGAACAACGAUGACUUUGAGAUGACAUCCUUCUGGUUGGCCAACACCAGCCGACUGCUUCACUGUCUGAAGCAAUACAGCGGUGAGGAGGCAUUUAUGACACAGAACACGUCCAAACAGAACGAGCACUGUCUGAAGAACUUUGACCUGGCUGAGUACAGACAGGUGUUGAGCGAUCUCUCCAUCCAGAUCUACCAGCAACUCAUCAAAGUGGCAGAAGGCAUCAUUCAACCCAUGAUCGUGUCGGCCAUGUUGGAGAGCGAGAGCAUCCCCAGCCUGGCAGGCGUGAAGCCGAUGGGCUACAGGAACCGUUCGUCCAGCAUGGACAUGGACGCCGACGGCCCCACCAGCUACACCCUGCAGGCCCUGAUCAAGCAGCUGGGGCAGUUCCACAACAUCAUGCGAGACCACGGUCUGGACCCUGAGAUCAUAGGUCAGGCGGUCCGGCAGCUCUUCCACUGCAUCAACGCUGUUACCCUUAACAACCUGUUGCUGCGCAAGGACGUCUGCUCCUGGAGCACCGGCAUGCAGCUCAGGUACAACACCAGUCAGUUGGAGGAGUGGCUCAGAGGAAAUAACUUGUAUCAGAGUAAAGCUGCAGCUACUCUGGAGCCGAUCAUUCAGGCUGCACAGCUGCUGCAGGUCAAGAAGAAAACGUCGCAGGACGCCGAGGCCAUCUGUGCGCUGUGCACCGCGCUCACCAUGCAGCAGAUCGUGAAAAUCCUGAACCUCUACACGCCUCUGAACGAGUUUGAAGAACGAGUCACUGUGUCCUUCAUCAGAAACAUUCAGAAUCGCCUUCAGGAGAGGAAUGACCCUCCUCAGCUUCUUUUGGAUACCAAACACACUUUCCCGGUCCUCUUCCCUUACUCGCCGUCUGCCCUCAGCCUGGAGAUGCUGCACAUUCCUGCCUCGCUUAACAUCGACUUCCUCGUCAGAGUCUGAUGACCUGCCAAUUAAUCUGACUGUUUCCCAGCAGCGUCUGCUGCCUGACACCUCUUAUUGAUCAUUGUUUCUGUCUCCAUGUCUUCCUGAGAGCAGCACGUCUGCCUUUCUGCCGAACAAGUUCAUCUCCUCACGUCUCUCUGAAGUAAAUCCUCCACGUUUCUGAAAAAAACCUGCAGAAGUCCAGUCUGUGGAGUCCACAUCACAGUUGUUCUUCUCUGACAGUAAACUGUGCUGCUGUUUGAGUAGAUAAAGAAACACAGAAUCUAACAGAAGGAGCAGAAAGGUUUGCAGAAGAAUGAAGGAGGUCAGGAGGAAGGUUCAGAGGGAUCAUUUAGACUCAGAAGAAAAACAAGAUUUUUUAGAUGUGCGUGAAGGUUUCUGAAGAUUUAAAACGCAGACAAAGAUCAGCGACCCGAAUAACUGACAAUAUUCAGCAUUUAAAAGUUCAGGCUUAAUCAGUCAAAAUUGCAUGAGAUUGGUUGGCUGUGUCAGCAGUAACAUGUUGAUUUCUGUAGACUCUUUACUUCCUUUGAGCCUUGAAGGUUGUGGGUCGUAUUUAUUUAUUUAGUUAUUCAGUAGCAUUAAAAGGCUGAUUAUCUGCUUCUGUACUGAUAUAACGACACCUUUAAACACUAAAAUUACACUAAACUAAAACUAAGCUGUUAACAGCUAUUUAAUCUCAUAUUUGCUCCUGCUCCUCCAGUCAUGUGUCAUCAUGUGACUCUCAGCUGCUCCUAAUACACAGUCAGCUGUGGAGGAUCCCAAACGUGUCAGAAGAAAGUAUCAGAAGUUAUCAGAUCGGUCUUCCUGUGAUCGUUUGGCCAAUUAAAAAAGCAAAAUGAUAAAAUAAUGCUGCAAACGAAAGCAAAUGUUUAAGAUGAAACUAACUGCUGGGACACGUCAGGGUUAUUCAGGUUGGCUGGUGCAGAGACGUGAAUCUUGUUUUUUUUUGCAUUUAAAGACAGAAAGAUGUUCAAAUGUAGACGAAUAAAUGAAGCGAUGAAAAUGCGACGGUGUAGUUUUUAAUAACAGCUGCUGGCAGUGUGAUAGCAGUUAAUGAGCUAAAGAGCAGGUAGGUUGUUCUCCCCCUGGCUUCUGGAAAACCUUGUUGUUCACUCAGCUGGUGCAGAGCAGCCUGUAAAACGCAAAUCAACACUUUUUCUGAUCUCCUCUCAGAGUCUGUGCAGGACUUCCACUUCGUCUCUCUGUAAUGUCGUUUAUUUCUGUGGGAAGUUAUUUUUUUUACUGUUUCUGUUCUUCUGUUUCUCUCUUUUGCACCACACGUGGAAACACUACUAGGUAAAAUACUAAACAUGCACAAGAUAACACUGCAAACCAUCACACCCUCACAUUUUUCCUUUUCCUCCAAACCCACGUGCCAUUCUACGCUGAUGAUGUUCUGUUGGAUGCCGUUCAUCUUCAUCUUUUUAUGAAGUGCAAAUGUAAUAAAAUGAAGUUUAACAUGUGAAGAGUUUCACUGCAAACCUGCUGUGCACAAGUUUAAUAAUUCAGGUCAUUCACAAGACAAAAACCGUAAACUGGAUGUUUUUGUGCUGACUUCACACGUAACUGAAGGUUUGGUUUUAUUCUGCAGUAAAGCUCUUCAGUUUCAGAUGUUUGAGUCUGGAUGAAACGGAGUCAAUCACUGUAACUCAAAGAAUAUAUUUUGGAAUUGAAGUCUUGCUGAUGUUCUGUUAGCGUCUUCUUUGUUUAUGAAAUGAAAUUUCUUAUUGAAACAUUUCUGGCAAAAAUAUAAACGUUAUUUCCACAGUUUAGCUGAAGCUGAUGGGAGUUUAACCAAGUUUACACACUUGUAGCUGCUCUGAUCAUUCAGAGAGCAGAGCCCCUU